GCAAAAAUGCAAAAAAUGAACGAAAAAAAGCCGACACGAAAAUGAGCAAAAAUCACGCGCCCGCCAUACCGUGCGGGGUAACAUUAGGCGCGACGGUAUGGCGCGCCAAAAUUUUUGGAUUCUCGCGCGACCGCCCCCGCGCAGCCCGUGCACCGCCCGACCCGCCCCUUGAGGGGGCGGCCGAACCCGAGCCCGGCCCUCGGCUCAAGAAGAAGGCUUUGCGCCUCCCGUUUUCGCGCGGCCGCCGAAAUGCGCGCGUCGCGAUUUUUGCUUUGCAACACGAAGAACGCAACGAUUGAUUACCGUAUCGCCCGACCGGGCGCGGAAUUCAUAUAGAGUCAGUCCGAAGUAAAAGUAAAUUCGCGUGCACGACCUAUGUGAGUAGUUUGUUUGUUAGUACAUACACAUGGCAGUAAACAUAGUAUGAGAGGACCAUCAUGGGAAGAGCUGCAAGACCGUGCAUCGCACGAGACGAAGUGAGAACAAUCUUUGCUGCAUCAAGGAGCCGCUGCAUUCUAGAAGGCUGUGUAAAAUAGAG